GAUACUUGGAGAGGCUGCUAGCUUCAGGAGUGUUUCUGUUCUGGGAAGAAUUGACACCUUUUCCUUUUUGUUGUGAGCUGUUAUGUGCAAAUAUUAGCUGGAUUCUCCUGUUCCAUCACGAUAACCAUUUGGCAGCCCACUUCCCUGCCAUCAGCAGGAUCAGACAAGCAGGAAACAGCAGACUGAGUCAUUGAGUGAAUAUACACAUCGAUCAGACAGAGCACUGUGAUGGAGAUCUUCCCUGCUCUCUUACUGCUCGAGCAAGUGAUGAUUCUACAAAUACGAGAAGGUUCCACAGUGGAGACUGGAGCACCUGUACUAACGAUGGAGCCAAUGUGGGACAGAUUCUUACCGGGCGACCGGAUCACUCUUAGCUGCAAUGCCGGUCGGGAGCUUCAUUCGACGACCUAUAAAUGGAUCAUAAACAAAACUACCAAAGAGUUCAGGGAGAAGACGUACAUCAUUGAGGCUGCUACAAAGGAGGAUGAUGGGGAGUACAGAUGCCAAUAUUCCACAUCGGCGCAUACAACACCCUACAGUAACAGCAUUCUUGUGAGAGUAUCCUCUCCUGAUUCGCUUAUGAGUAUUGAAUCUGAGCCAGAAGCUCUGUGGUAUGCACAGACACUGAAGUUGAGUUGUAAAUUCACGUUCGGUCCGCAAGAUGAAUUCAUUUAUUUGUUUUAUCGGGAAGGCUCUGUUGUGGCUGAGAUCCAGACAAGAAAUAAAAGUGUUUCUUUUGAAAAGGAACGGGUUACGUCUGAGGAUACAGGACGGUAUCGAUGCCAAAUGCAGUUUGUUAAGUAUCCCAAAGGUCCUGUAUACACGUCAGCUUACAAACAUGUGGAUGUGCAAGGUGAACAAGGCAUGAUUAAUAAGUUGGUGGAUGAUACAAAAUUAGAGGUACGGUUGACAGCAAGAAAGGUUAUCAACAAUUACUGA